AUGACUUCCACCGCGUACUUCACACGCCCCGUCGCCAAAGUGACGCCACCAGCCGCACGAGCUGACUCGGCUGGCUCAUUUUCGCCCGCCGUGCAAAUUUAUCUGUAUGUGCUGACUGAAUCAGUGCACGCCUUGACGCUGCUGCAGCUGGGCAUGAUGGAGGCCGCGAUGGGGGUGGCAAAGACUGCGCUCGACCGGACGAAGGCUCUGCGAAUGUGCGGCAACAGCGCCGUCGACAGUGACAGGUGUGACGCCUUGCUCCUGAGCACGCUGCGCCAUGUUGUAGUGAUAGCCGCCACCGCGCUGGAGGACUCUACCUCGGUGCUGGAGGUGUCACUGUUGCCGGACCUCCUCGCGCACAUCGCGGUGUGUCCUGGUUUCUUUGGUGGUUUCUCCGCUGGGGGCAUUCGCGUCAAGGCGCAGUCAGAGGCACACCGCCUGCUGUACCCGUCGACCCUGCCCCUGUACGCUUCCACACGUCAGAUGAUCCCGUUUCAUAUGAAUCGUGCCGUGUAUCUCUACCAUGCCGGGCAGCUGCGCGGCGCCUGGGAUGACGCGUGCUGCGCUGUCGCCGCGGUGGAUGAGGUAGUUGGCUCCGUCGAGUUCGCCUUCUCCGACUGCUUUCCGCUUCAGGUGUACUACUUUACUUGCCAUGUGGGUUUUAUCCUGCUAGAGGCUCUCCUGUCUGCCGAUCUGGAGGCGGCGAAGGCGUGCCUGUCGAACCCCGUUUUCCAGGGAGCCAUCGACAAGAAGGAUGCGACGCUGCAGGGCGACGAGGUGCUGAGUAAAGAGAUACUGCACCUCUGCCAGGACGUGGUGUGGCGCAUGCUGCACUUUUAUCCUCAUUCUCGCCUAGGGGAGCUGUGCCAGGUGCAGCUGGCGAUUAUGCGCGGUGAGAAGCACUUCCUGAGCCAUGCGAUUCUCCUGUCCGACCGCUACCCGCACAACCCAGCGGCGCAGAACUUGCUAACGCUUGCCCUCUACUUUGAUCAUCACGUGCCCGAGGCGGUGGACAACGCGGUCAGGAACCUGCAGACCUUCCCACACUCGCGCGAGGUUAUUCUUGUUCAUCGCUUGCUGCAGAGGAAGUACGUCGUCUACCGAUUUGACUACCGUGGAAUCCUUCCGACACGCUACAAGCCCGGGUUGGCAGGGCAAGUGGUCACGAAGCGAAUGGCAUUCCUCCUCCUCCUCCUGGCAGCCAACGUGGGGGUAUUGUGCCUCACCGUCUUUGUGAACACUUCCUCUGUUGAGCGCGCCUCCGAGAGGAUGAAGGCCUUGGCUGUGCGGAUGCAGGUUCCCUCGCCGGUACCGCUCAUCUUUGCCGCCGUCUUCAUCAUCCACACCAUUGUGGCAACCGUGACCCCCCAUAACUUGAUCAGCACGGCCCUCACCGAUCUCUUUUUUGUGAACAGCGCGCUGAAUCGGGCCCUCUUCUGCCUCCGAUGCAUCCCGCUGGUGAACCUGGUGAACGCGCUGCUCGUCAGCUUCGCUGGAAAUAAUUUCCUCUUCGAGAGUGCCUCUGCCACGUUCUUUUUGUAUUUCUUCCUCAGCCUGCUUUUCGUGCCGUUCACAACGCGCGUCUGGUUUCUGCCGUCCGUUGACGAGCCGGACGUGAACAUGAUGUCGUGGUUGGCGAUCCUCAGCGUCGAUGCCGUCAUGGCGUUCAUCGUCGUGGUGCCGCACAUUAUUCUUACCAUGCUGGAGCCGUACAUGUUUGUCGUUUUCUACUUCUAUGCACCAACUCCACGACCUGGAUAUGGGGCUGACAGAUUGCCACCAAGCAGCAGUAUGCGUCGACGACUGCUCCUGCACGCUCACUACGGCCAGUCGAUGACGUCGCGCUUCCAGGUCGGCAGUGGCUCCCGAUUUGUCUACAUUUGUUGCCUGAAGUGGCUCUAUUACCGCACUCACAGCUCAAUGGAGACGCGCUAUCUAGCUGAGUCGCAACUUGAGGCGGAGAACUACCGAGUGUUUCCCAUGAUUGAGGGCGAAGAAGCACGUGUGCUCUUCUCGCAUGUUCCACUGACGCCGAUGUGCACGACUCUGACGAGUACAGAGUUGGAUCUGCCGUCUGACUCUCCCCCGCACAGGUCCGUUACAGGGAGGGGUGGGGGAGAGGUUCUAGAUAGGGACAGAGAUGGUCAGGGUAUAACUUCCUUGACACCACUCAGCGCGUGA